CAGUGUAUUUCUGUUACUGGAAGAAGAAGCAGAAAACAUUUCCGCAUUUUGAGACCAGCCUCAAGGCAAAUUAUAAAAAUUCUGAGACCAGUCAAAUCCAGUGGCCAACAGAACAGGUUCUGAACUUUAGAGCUCUGCAUGAGAAGCCAAUAAAAAGGACAAUAAUGCAUAUUAUACUACUCUUUCUGCUUGUGCUUCAUGUCCAGGAAACAGUCUCGCAUAUGGUACGGUGUUAUGCCACUUUUCACCCAUCACAUGGAACAUGCAGUAAUAUUUUGGGAGAGGUUUCACAGAAUGACUGUUGUAUGAAUCCAGCAUAUGGCUAUUUGGAUAAAGACAAUGUUUGCCAGUCUUGCAGAAUUGCUUCAUGGUCCACAUGGUCCCCCUGGAGUGCGUGUUCAGUGACAUGUACUGAGGGAGUGACACAGAGAAAGCGUGCCUGCUACGGCACUGGGAGUUGUCCUGACCCUCAUCAUCUAGGAAAUAUACAAACAAAACCUUGUGAAGACAUCAGCUGCUGCCCAGAAAAUGGAGGAUGGUCUGAGUGGGGUCCAUGGCAGCCUUGCUCAGUUACAUGUGAAAGAGGAUUCAAAAAGAGAACGAGGACCUGCUCUAACCCCUAUCCAAAAUGUGGGGGUGGUUGUGACGGUUAUGGCGAAGAAGUUGGAAAUUGUGACACCGGGAUCGUCUGCCCGACUCAUGGAGGCUGGUCUGCAUGGGGGCAAUGGAGUGCAUGUUCAAGCACAUGUAAAGUAGAGGGUGGUUUAGUACCUCAACAGAAGAGAUACAGGACAUGUACAAACCCGCCACCAUCUGAUUCACCACGUGGAAAUAAUUGCCCAGACUCAAACACAGACACUCAACACUGCACAGGACUGCCUUUUUGUUCAGUGAAUGGAAACUGGGGGGCAUGGUUUGCUUCCUCUGAAUGCUCUGUGACAUGUGGCGUGGGACUACAGACACGGCGCCGUAAUUGUGAUAAUCCUGUACCUAAGUAUGGAGGCCGGGGUUGCCCAGGAGACAAUACCAAAGCAUUUGCUUGCACUGUUCCAAAAAGAUGCCCAGUGGAUGGUCAGUGGACUGAGUGGUCUGAAUGGUCUUCCUGUGACUCAUCAAACCAAAGGAAUAUUACAUGUAAAAAUAGAUUGGGGAGGCGAAGGAGACUGAGAGAAUGUGAAGGCAGGAAAUAUGAUGGAAAUUUCUGUAAGGGAGAUGGUGUGGCAUUCGGCUACUGCUAUGACAUUCAAGACUGUGAAGCUGGACCUGAUCUUAUAAUACCAAAAGCCCUUUGGUCAGAAUGGUCUGAUUGGAGUUACUGUAAACCUCACUGUGGAGAACAUUCUACACAGACAAGGAAGCGGGAGUGUAUUCCUGACAUUUCAAAGUACAGUGAACAGAAUCUAGAGAUUUUCUCAGGAAAAGCAGCUAUUACCUGCCCAGAUUUGGCUGAAAAAGAUGAGUCCAGACCAUGUCGAAAUCUUCCGCCAUGCUAGAUCAGGUUCUAUUUUUCUUUCUGUGAUGCCUAUUUGUGUACAUUAUGUACACUUUCUGCUAUUUCCUCUAUCAGUAGGUAAUAAAACACAUCUAUUACAGAAUGUUCUGCAUUUAUGUAUAACAGAGGUGUGGUGAUUGUAUUCAAGAAAUACAUUAAAUGCAUUUUCUUUGCUUGGAUUUUUCACUGUACAUUUUCCUUUUUGCAGCAUAUUAAUAAAUCAUGCUUUUGUGUCUUGCAA